AUGCAAUUCACACUUCCCCUUCUGGCCCUCGCUGCUGCUGUCAGCGCUAGCAACCCCAUCCAGCCUGCCUGGAACGUCACUCGUUCUUACAGGGACGUCAGCCAGCAGGUUGUAUCCUUCGAAAUCACCGCGGUUUUCGUAUCAGAGGAAUACCCCCAGGGCCUAGAGUCCAAGUGCAGCUGGACUGAGAAGGGCCAGGUCUACGGCGUCCAGUGCACCCCAGACACUUUUUCGGUUGACCCCCAAAGCGACGGCUACACUUUGAAGGUCCAGCAAACCAUCGAGAAGCCUACCAAGCAGGUCGCGUACGGAGAGGGUGAGGUUCCCCGUAAAGGUCACGCUGUCAUUCCUGUCAGCGCUGGUGUCGCUUGA